AAACACAAUACCAAGUUAAGGUAAGGUCUCAGAAGAGGUAGAGUCAUAGUCGUUCUUGUCGCAUUGCAGAUUCUUGUGUUUGUAAUGCGGCAGAGAGGCAGAGCCUGUAACCGCCGAUCCAGAACUUUUUCUAGAUCUCGCCUUGCCAUUGAGGGUCGUUAACCCACAUUCUUUCAUUUCCUUUCCCAUUCCAUUAACUUUCGAAAUCUAGAGCUCCCUCCCUUGGACUCGAGAUCUCUUUCUCGCUGCAUUUAGCAAUGGCUGCUCAUAAUGUUGAAGAGCGUGAAAUUCAGAGGAACUACUGGAUGGAGCACUCCGUUGAUCUGACGGUAGAAGCAAUGAUGCUUGAUUCUAAAGCCUCUGAUCUUGACAAGGAAGAACGUCCCGAGGUGCUUUCUAUGCUCCCAUCCUAUGAAGGGAAAUCAGUUUUGGAAUUUGGAGCUGGUAUUGGUCGUUUUACUGGAGAAAUAGCACAGAAUGCUGGGCAGCUUGUUGCUCUGGACUUCAUAGAUAGUGUGAUAAAGAAGAAUGAAAGCAUUAAUGGGCAUUACAAGAAUGUCAAGUUUAUAUGCGCUGAUGUGACAUCCCAAGACUUGAAAUUUUCUGAAGGAUCAGUGGAUUUAAUAUUCUCAAAUUGGCUACUUAUGUAUCUCUCAGAUAAAGAGGUAGAGAAUCUGGUGGAAAGGAUGGUGAAAUGGUUAAAGGUUGGUGGUUACAUUUUCUUUAGAGAGUCUUGUUUCCAUCAAUCUGGAGAUAGCAAGCGAAAACAUAACCCAACCCACUACCGGGAGCCCAGAUUUUACACGAAGGUCUUUAAAGAGUGUCAUAUGCGUGAUGAUUUUGGAAAUUCUUAUGAACUCUCUCUUGUUAGUUGCAAAUGCAUUGGAGCUUAUGUCAGAAACAAGAAGAACCAAAAUCAGAUAUGUUGGCUAUGGCAGAAAGUCCGUUCAGAAGAUGAUAAGGGGUUCCAGCGGUUCUUAGACACUGUUCAGUAUAAAUAUAGUGGCAUCAUGCGGUAUGAGCGUGUCUUUGGACAUGGCUUUGUGAGCACAGGAGGAUUUGAAACAACAAAAGAAUUUGUUGCAAGGCUUGAUCUUAAGCCUGGGCAGAAAGUCCUAGAUGUUGGAUGUGGCAUUGGGGGAGGUGACUUUUACAUGGCUGAGGAAUAUGAUGUGGAAGUUGUUGGCAUUGACCUCUCCAUCAAUAUGAUUUCUUUUGCUCUGGAUCGUGCCAUUGGACUCAAAUGCGCUGUAGAGUUUGAGCUUGCUGAUAUCACAAAGAAGACAUAUCCCAACAACACAUUUGAUGUUAUCUACACCCGUGACACCAUGCUGCACAUUAAAGACAAACCUGCAUUGUUUAGAUCAUUCUACAAAUGGUUGAAGCCUGGGGGUAAAUUUCUUAUAAGUGAUUACUGCAAGAGUGCUGGAACUCCAUCAGAAGAAUUUGCAGAGUACAUUAAGCAAAGAGGAUAUUACCUUCAUGAAGUAAAACCAUAUGUCCAGAUGCUUACGGAUGCUGGUUUUGAUGAUGUCAUUGCAGAGGACAGAACUGAUCAGGUUUUCUUCAAACCUUUUAUUACUCUUAAAGAUGCAUAUAUAUACUUUGUUAUAAGCAGUCAAAAACUUAUACUUGUGCUGCAGUUCAAUCGAGUUCUGAAACGGGAAUUAGAUGCUGUUGAGAAAGAGAAGGAUGAAUUCAUUCAUGAUUUUUCCGAAAAAGACUUCAAUGAUAUAGUUGAUGGAUGGAAGGCAAAACUGAUCAGGAGUUCAGCUGGAGAGCAGCUAUGGAUUCUGUUCAUCGCAAAGAAAAAUUAACUCAUAAUAGGCUUGAUUUAUAAAGCAUUACAUAAACGUUAUAAACAAUGAACCAUCCUCAGUCAUUAUGUGGCUGAUGUUUGAAUAAGUUAUUGUAGCAUUUUCAUUUCGUGUCUUGAAUAAAAUAUCCUUGCCUUGUUCUGGAAUAGGAUCUUGGUAGAGUUUACUUCCUAGGUUUGAUUGUGAUUGGAUUCAAUCCUUGUAAGGUUUGUGAUUAUGAUUGUAUUUGGAUCUUAAGACAUUGUUGAUAUGAAAAUAUUAUGGUUUCUGAUAUGAAAAUCUUGCACUUUUAA